ACGAGACUUGAAAAUCAUGUGACCACUAAAAAUGGAGUUGCACAAGUCGCUUUUGUUUUUUAUUCUGCAAUUUCUAACUAUACACUCAGUCGCAUCUCAAUAUUUGCCGACAUGGGACUCGUUAGACUCACGUCCGCUUCCAGAUUGGUACGAUGAUGCGAAAUUUGGAAUUUUUAUUCACUGGGGAGUAUUUUCAGUACCUAGUUUUCGCUCAGAAUGGUUUUGGUGGGACUGGCAAGGAGCAAAGAGUAAUGAUACUGUAGAAUUCAUGAACAAAAACUACCCUCCUGGUUUCACUUAUGCUGAUUUUGGUAAACAGUUUACAGCAGAGUUUUUCAAUGCAGCUACGUGGGCACAGCUGUUUCAAAAUGCAGGUGCCAAAUACAUAGUAUUUGUCAGCAAACACCAUGAAGGCUUUACUAAUUGGCCAUCAAAAUACUCCUGGACAUGGAACUCUCAAGAUUUGGGUCCAAACAGAGACAUAGUUGGUGAGUUGGCAAAUGCUACAAAAUCUACUGGUCUCCAUUUUGGCCUAUAUCAUUCUCUCUUUGAGUGGUUUAAUCCUCUCUAUCUACAAGAUAAGCAAAACAGCUUCACUACUCAAGAUUUUGUUGAUAGAAAGACUUUGCCAGAACUUUAUGAACUGGUUAAUAAUUACAAGCCUGAUGUCAUUUGGUCUGAUGGAGACUGGGAGGCACCCGAUAAGUACUGGAAGUCAACAGACUUUAUUGCCUGGCUUUAUAAUGAAAGUCCAGUAAAAGACACAGUUGUUACAAAUGACAGAUGGGGUCAGUCUGUAAUGUGCAAUCAUGGAGGCUUUUUCACAUGCUCAGACAGGUAUAAUCCAGGUCACCUCAUCAAACACAAAUGGGAAAACGCAAUGACAAUAGACAGCCAGUCCUGGGGUUACCGUCGAAAUACAAAUAUUCAAGAUAUAUUAACCAUUGAGGAACUACUGGAACAGUUAAUUUCUACUGUGAGUUGCAAUGGCAACAUGUUAAUGAAUGUUGGACCAACUCAUUAUGGCGUAAUCACUCCCAUCUACCAAGAACGUUUGCUACAGAUGGGCUCUUGGUUGAAAGUCAAUGGAGAAGCUAUUUAUGGAACAAGACCUUGGUCUUACCAGAAUGACACAGUAACUAGUGGAGUCUGGUACACCCAGAAUAAAAAAUCAAGUCCAGCUGCUGUUUAUGCAAUUGCUUUAUCUUGGCCAGAGUCAAAUACCUUGCAGCUUGCUGCUCCAGUGCCAUCAGCUAUCACUCAAGUAACUUUAGUUGGAUACAAAGGUUCACCCUUCCAGUGGAAACCUAGAUCCCCUUCUGGGAUUACCAUUACCAUACCUGCCAUAAAUUACAAUGAUAUACCUUGCAAGUGGGCAUGGGCUUUCAAACUAACUGGCAUAAAAAAUUAAAAAUUAUAUUUAAUUUUCCCUUUAUGUUACCAAGUGUUUAUUUUAUAUAUGCUUCUAUAUGAAAAACGUUAAAUUAUCACAUUUAUGAAAACCCUAGUGUUUAUGUAUUCUUAUUCAUUUUUUUAAAUGAACAUUAAAAAAACUAGUAUUUACUUGUUCAAAUGUUGAUUUGUUUUUAUUGUGUUAUAAUUUAACUGAACAGUCAAACAAAUGUGACCAAAAUAAUGGAUAAAGGAACAAUAAAUUGUCGAUGUGGAUGAAUUGGGCAGAGCCACAAAUUUAAUUUAAUUUAAUAGUUUAUUAAAUUAAAUAAUUAUAAUAAUAAUAAUGUAUCAUUAUGUUGUUGAUAUUGUUUGUUUUCAAGCUGAAUUGUUUUUUUGCUCGCUUUAAAAACUAAUGUGAGCAUUAUCUUUGCAAUAUACAUUUUAAUUGUAUAGCUUCUGUGUCCAAAGCUUUAUCCUUUUUUAAAAUAUUUUUACAAAGCUUAUAUCAACACACUCUGUCUGUCUGUUACAAAGUCUGUACACAUUAUUUCUCCCACACCCAAUCUCGUAUUUCUUUUACCUGGCAAAACAAGAAUAAUUUUAAAAAUUAGCUUAUUAGUUAAUCAACUAUUGGUAAUUAAUUAUUUUGUUUGGUACAUUGUGUAAUGGAAAGAAAUUGUACUUCACUGAUGUGUAGAAUUAGUCCCCUUUAUACUUUGUAGAGAAAAAAGUUUGAAACUAACACUAGAGAACUAUAAAGCCUUCUAUUUUCAUAAGCACUUCCCUGGCACAGCAGUUAGUGCAUUAGCUUGAGGAGGCUUAAGCCCUUGAGUUUGAAUUCAGGUCGUUCAACUUUAUUAAUGCAUUUAAAAUGUGAUACUCCUUUCCUAACUGGUCCAGAUAAGUGAUAGCGCAUUGAGAAAGCUAAAAGCAUGAAAUUUGCGCUAAACCAAUACAAUUAGUAAAAAAUGUUUCUAAUUGUAAAAAAGAUUUAUUAUUGUUAGUCUGUAUCUAUUACAAAUUUAAUUACAUGACUGAUCCAAACUAAUUUAUACAACUACACUUAAUAUAAGCUUUCUUUUGUUGUUGUUUUUUUUAUUUUUUAUAUUUUCUUGUUAAUAAAUGAUGUUAAAAAAUUGAAUGUUGCAUUUAUCUGUAAACUUGUUUAGAAUGUUAAAGAUUGGAUUUUUUCAUUUGUUGUUUUAAAGUUUAUUGUAAUAAAAGUCACCAUAUUAAUUUGAUAAAAAAAGUUAUCCUCAGAAUAAGUCUAUUUCAAAUAUUCAAACUCUUUUGGACAAAGCUGUGCCUCUUAACAAAAGUAAACAUAGAGUUGAAGCUAGGUGCUGAAACAAAAGGUAGAUAUAUUUUGGGUGGGGAGAUAUUUUCAGUUUAACUUUAAUGUGGAUUUUGAUGAACAGUUGUUUCUCUUCAUAACAUCCUUUAGAAUCAAGUUCUUGGCUGACAGAAAUUAAGAGAAUUUUAAAAUUACAAUUAGUUUUUUUUUUAAGUUUUUUUUUUUUUUUUGUCAAAUACAUUUUUUGAAAUUGUGUUUCAAUGUUGUCAAGCCUUUUUCAGUGAUGAUUUUUAGUUGGUGAUUUUAAUAUUCAUAGCUUCAUGGCUUACCUACAGACUUUCAAUCAACAAGUUCUAUGCCCUACAAGAGAGAAAAGAACUCAGAACACUUCCAUAAUAAAACAAAAACUAGCAUAAAAUACUGCAAUCAUUUUUUUAAAUGAAAUGUUUAAAAAAAAAAGAUGAUCUACAUUCAAAAGGAAAAGAAGGAAGUAGGAGAAAGCAUUGAAAUUAUAGUUCAAACUGUUAAGAACCUUGUUUCUGUCUUAGCUGUUAGAUGUCAAUACAAACACAUCAUGUCACAUAAGUACAACAAAAGUAUUUUUACCAAGCUCAAGUUUAAGUCACUGAUUAGUUUGAUAAAUCUUACAAUUAAAAAUGAUGAAACCUUAAAACACUUUAGGACACAGAAAAUACAAGUCACUAAUUAACAAAAGCAAGCAGACAAAAAAAAAACAACUCUUGUUCCCUUGGCAAUUAAACUAUUGAAUUGAUCAACUUCCUGAUUGAACUUCCCAUGUAAUGUUUAAGUAAAACUGUUGUGUAAAUGUACACUUUCUUUGCUAUCAUUAUGUUUUUAUGCUUAAUAUGUUUUUGCUAUGUUUAUUGUACAAUUGUAAGACAAUUUUUCUUCAAGAAUAAUAAAUAGAAGUUAUUACAGCAUUAUAUUACUUAGAUCCUCUUUGCCAUGUAGGACAUUGGGCAACAAACUGUCUCCUUAGAAAUCUGUUUUGUCUUCAGCACAAAUUUGUAUGUAAUUUUAUGACUUAUUCAAGUGUCAUAACUAUUUGAUCAAGAUUUAAUUAAUGAUCAUGUAAUUUUUUAGAUUCUGUCCAUUUGUGUUCUUAUGAUUUUGUAAACAAAUUAAUAACUGUUACAUAUCCCACUAAAAUAUUAAUAAACAAAAAUAGAGUAAUGACAUAAAAA